AUGCCGCGCGCGCUCCCCUCGAGGGUGCGGGGAUGCGGGGCGGGGCGCACCCCCAGUUGCGCGGGGUUCUGGGUGCUGCUGCUGCUGCUGACACAGGUGCUUGCGUGCGCCCUGACACCCGCAACCUCUGCGUCCCGGAACUCGGGCUCCCCAAGGCCUUCCCAUCCCGAGGGCUGGGUGGAAAAGGGAGAAUACGAGCUGGUGAGCCCCUACGAGGUGGACCACAAGGGCGCCUAUGUGUCCCAUAAAGUGGCACAUCCCCACCGGAGGAAGAGGACCCUGGCUCGGCACCUGCCUGAUGCGCUCCACCUGCGGCUCACGGGCUUCAGGCAAGAAUUCCUGCUCGACCUGACAGUGGCCAACAGCCUGGUGGUCCCCGGGCUGCGCGUGCACACGCUGGGCCAGGGUGGGCGGCGCUCUGUGAGGCCCUUCCCGCCCGACCAGUUCUGCUUCUACCAGGGCUCGCUGCGCUCCCAUGGCAACUCCUCUGUGGCCCUAUCCACCUGCACCGGCCUGUCAGGCAUGAUCCGGACCCCCGAAGCCGAUUACUUCCUGAGGCCACUCCCUGCACACCUGGCCACAGGGGGCCUCAGAGCUCCAGGUGGGCCUGGGCCCCCUUCCCACAUCCUGUACAAGCGAUCCACAGCCCCUCGGGCAUCAGCGACCACCCAGGUCCUAAUGUCACAGAGGGUGAAAGCGACGGCACCUCAGCCCCACGUGACCCCAGAAAACCCAGAAUUCCGGACCCCCAAACCCCACUUUUGUGGGCGGCGCAGAAAGUACAUGCCCCGGCCACCCCUCAGGGACAUUUUCAUCCUGCCUGACGAGUACACGCCUCACUUCCGACCCCGGCGCUCACUGCCGAGGUCACUCAGGGAGGAAGAGCACAACGUGGAGACGCUGGUUGUGGUGGACAAACAGAUGGUGCAGAACCACGGCCAGGAAAACGUGACCACCUAUGUGCUGACCAUCCUCAACAUGGUGUCAUCUUUGUUCAAAGAUGGGACAAUAGGAGGGAACAUCAACAUUGCAAUCGUGGGGCUGAUUCUUCUAGAAGAAGAACAGCCAGGACUGGUGAUCAGCCACCAUGCAGACCACACCUUAACCAGCUUCUGCCAAUGGCAGUCAGGGCUACAGGGGAUGGAUGGACGGCGUCAUGACCACGCCAUCCUGCUCACAGGUCUGGACAUCUGUUCCUGGAAGGAUGGCCCCUGUGACACUCUGGGCUUUGCACCCAUUCGUGGCAUGUGUAGCAAGUACCGCAGUUGCACAAUCAACGAGGACACAGGUCUCAGCCUGGCCUUCACUGUGGCCCACGAGUCCGGACACAACUUUGGCAUGGUCCACGAUGGGGAGGGCAAUGUGUGCAGACGAUCUGAAGGCAACAUCAUGUCCCCCACCCUGGCUGGUCGUAACGGACUCUUCUCCUGGUCUCCCUGCAGUCGCCAGGACCUGCGUAGGUUUCUCAGCUCGGCCCAAGCCCUGUGCCUUGCUGACCAGCCCCAGCCUAUGAAGCAAUACAAAUACCCCGAGAAGUUGCCGGGCCAGUUGUAUGAUGCCAACACACAGUGCAAGUGGCAGUUCGGAGAGAAAGCCAAGGUCUGCCUACUGGGUGUUAAAAAGGAUCUCUGUAAAGCCCUGUGGUGUCACCGGGUUGGGAGAAAAUGCGAGACGAAGUUCAUGCCAGCAGCAGAGGGCACCAGUUGUGGGCAUGACAUGUGGUGCCGUGGAGGACAGUGCGUGAAGUAUGGUGCUAGAGGCCCACUGCCCACCGAUGGCCACUGGUCUGAUUGGUCCUCCUGGUCACCCUGCUCUAGGACCUGUGGAGGAGGAGUGUCUCACAGAGACCGCCUCUGCUCAAACCCCAAACCGUCAGCUGGAGGGAAGUUUUGUGAGGGCAGCACCCGGGUCCUGAAGCUUUGCAACAAUCAGCAAUGUCCCCAAGGCAGUAUGGACUUCCGGGCCCUGCAGUGUGCUGAGCACAACAGCAAGAAGUUUCGUGGUUGGCUUUACACCUGGAAGCCCUACACACAGGUGCCAGAUCAGGACUUAUGCAAACUCUACUGCAUUGCAGAAGGAUUUGAUUUCUUCUUUUCCUUAUCAAAUCAAGUCCAAGACGGGACCCCUUGCUCAGAGAAUAGCCGGAAUGUUUGUGUGGAUGGUAGAUGUGAGAAAGUGGGCUGUGACAAUGUACUGGGGUCAGAUGCUGUGGAAGACUCUUGUGGCAUUUGCAAAGGAAAUAACUCAGAGUGCGUCACCCACAAGGGUCUCUACAUCAAACAGCUCCCCAAGCACAAGUAUUACACAGUGCUCACAAUCCCAGCAGGUGCUCGGAACAUCCGAGUCCAUGAAGUGAAUGCAUCCAGCUCCUACCUUGCUGUGCGCAAUGCCCUCUAUCGGUAUCACCUUAAUGGACAGUGGGCAGUGGACUGGCCUGGUUGCUACAAGUUUUCAGGCACUACCUUCGAGUACAGGAGGUCUGACAAGGAGCGGGAGAGCUUGAAAGCCCCAGGACCUACCAAUGAAACACUGAUUGUGGAGCUGUUAGUUCAGGGCCGAAAUCCAGGCAUUGGCUGGGAGUACUCAGUGCCCCGGUCAGCAGGAGGAAAACCUCAUGCCCAGCCCAGCUAUUCAUGGGUCCUCGUCCGAUCUGAAUGUUCUGUGUCCUGUGGAGGGGGAUACCAGACCACACGAGAACACUGCUACCGAGACCUGAGGGUUCCCGUGAACAUGUCCUUCUGCAACCCCGCACUGCGGCCCUUGACAGGCAUGGUGCCCUGCAGGGUGUCCCCCUGUCCUCCCAGCUGGUCUCUGGGGAACUGGAGCUCCUGCAGCCUGACUUGUGGCCGAGGCACCCAGAGCCGCCCCGUGCAGUGUGUGCGCCAGGCCCAGCACCGCGCCCUUUGGCUCCCUGAGGGCCUGUGCCCGCUGCCCGUGCCCUCCCGCAGACAGGCCUGUCAAGUGCGCAGCUGCCCGCCCACCUGGAGCACUGGGCCCUGGACAGAGUGCUCGCGAAUCUGCGGGAAGGGUCUGAAAAAUCGGAGCGUGGCUUGCAGGAGCAGCGACCCCGCAGCCAAGGACCUGGUGCUGUCUGAGUCCCUCUGUGCCCCAAAGCCCAAACCCAGCACCCACGAGCCUUGUCUGCGCAGGCGUUGCAUCAAGCCGAAGAAGUUGCAGUGGCUGGUGUCGGCCUGGUCUCAGUGCUCUUCAUCCUGUGCUUUGGGCUCACAGCAACGAGUGCUCUGGUGUGCCGAGAAGCAGGUGUCCGGGCAGUACCGUGAGCUGCCACCCAAGCAUUGCUGGCACCUGGUGCCCCCUGCCCUGGAGCUGGGCCGGGCUUGCAGCACAGGCCCUUGUCCUCCACCUCCCCAGGAUGCGGGGCCCCUGCUGGCCACCUGGCACACCUCACCCUGGUCUCAGUGCUCGGCCAGUUGCGGGGGUGGUGUGCGAAGUCGGUCUGUGCAGUGUCUGCAGGGUGGCCAGCCAGCCCCCAACUGUCUCCUGUCCAAGCCUGCAGCCUCGAUAGCCUGCAACACGCACUUCUGCCCAGUGGCUGAGAGGACAAAUACCUUCUGCAAAGACCUCUUCCCUUGGUGCCCACUGGUGCCCCAGCACGGCAUGUGUGCCCAUCAGUUCUAUGGCCAGCAGUGCUGCUGGACCUGCUCUAAAUCUAUUGUGUGA